AAUAAUAAUAAUAAUAAUAAUAAGAAGCCGCUUGAAAUUUUCAGCGCCCGAAUCGCCGCCGCGCUAGAUGGCCAUGGCCACCGCCGCCGAAGCCUCCUCCUCGUCGGAGGAGGACACCAUCGGCUCCUCCGCGGGGAGUGCACCAUCGACCGCCAGCGCCGCCUCCCGGUCGUCGUACCGGCGCACGGCUCCCCCGCUCCUGCUCCUAGCCUCCCUCGCCGCGCUCCUCAUCAUCUCCACCGGCGAUGACACCCCGGCCUUCGAUUCCGCCGCCGUGGAGCGGCCCCUCAAAGACGUUAGUCUGGAAAAUCUAGAGGUGACUUUUGUUCCUUCAUCCCUGGGAGGACAAUUUUGUGAGCGAGUCCGCUUAUCUGGGAUACCAAAGUUACAUAUCGGAAGCUAUGCAAAUCAAAUACGAGUCAAAAUGAAUGUUUCCCAAUCAAUGCCUGAGAAGUUCCAUUGGAAAAUAGAGAUUUGCUUUCAUGGGAAUGCUUCAAUGGGAUUGUGCCAAUGUGAGGGAGGUGAAUGGCAACAUUUGCAAAAUGGCGUAUGGAAUGCUGUAAAGUCUCCAUACGGAAACAAAUAUGUUGAUGUUAAAGUGGCUGAUAAGACAUCUACUAGGUUCAGUCUUUCCAUUCAGGAAGAGUUUCAGAAAUGGCGUUUAGCUUGCCUUGGAAUUGGAUUUGUUCUGUUAUUCCUAUCACCCAUUGUUAGCAAAUGGGCACCUUUUUAUUAUAGCAGUUCUAUGGCUCUCGGGGUCCUUCUUGUUGUUCUGAUUGUCCUUUUCCAGGGGAUGAAAUUGCUACCAAUGGGCAGGAAAAGUUUAUUUUACCUCACUAUUUAUGGAUCUGUGGUAGGGGUUGGCUCCUAUGCUGUACACUAUUUCUCCACAUUGGUUGCUUCUAUUCUGGAAAAUUUUGGUUUGAGUGAAGAGAUGCACAACCCUGUAUCAAUUUUCCUGCUGGUAGCAAUUGUCUUGACUGGGGCUGGUUUUGGUUAUUGGAUGGUCAGAAAAUUCAUCCUUUCAAAAGAUGGUAGUGUUGAUGCUGGGAUAGCGCAGUUUGUGAAGUGGGCGAUGCGUGUUGUUGCUAUCUGCUUUAUUAUGCAGAGCACGCUUGAUCCUCUUCUAGCAUUGUUCGGUCUGGCUGCUAGUUGGUGGAUCUGUUCUGUGUUCACAGCAUACAAAGCUCCAAAGUCAAUGCCACUGAAACAAAAGCAAUCAAAGGCUUCUACUCAGCCAAUAUAUACUAAAGGAUCACCUAACCCUCGCCAAAUCCAAUUCUUAAGCCCAUCCAAGAAUACUGGAAGAACGACAUCAAACAGUUCAGCCACACAAUAUGGCUGGAGCAAUUUAGCAAAUGGAGGACUGGUCACCCCAACACUUUCAAAGAGGGUUGUACCCAAUUAUGAAGAUGAAGACCACUAUUCCACCUUCCACAACAUCCAACCAAGGAAAUAUUCAAAGGAAGAAUGGGAUUACUUCACCCAGAAGUCCACCAGAAAGGCACUUAUGGAGUGCACAGCAACCCCAGAGUUUGCCCAAUGGGUUGCUGAUAAUGCUCAUCGGCUACGAGUAGAACAGCAAGAUGACGCAUCGGAGGACGAGAUCAUCGAGAGUUCCUCAAAUUCAUCCGAAGAAACUGCACAGGAGGCUGAUGCUGGGCUGUUCAGGUGGUAUCAAUCUUAUCUAUUCAAUCCAGCCUUAAAAGCCCACGUGGAUCGCUAUAAGAUUCUCCGCUGCCCUCCCGUCUCCUCCUCCGCACGCGCGCCGAGAGGAGAGCGGAAGAUUCCAACAAGGAAGACGAGAGGGGAAACCGUGGGGCGGAAGCCGUCGAGCUCUCGCAGCCUCGACGACGACCAAACCCCCACCUCGCUUUCUCCCUUCCUCCUCCUCCUCCUCUCGCCGCCCAAUCUCCGCGUGACCGGACGAACGAACUCCAAAAACCUCGACGAACUCCAUGCGCUCAUCAUCCGUUCUCUGAACGAAUCUACCGUGGAGCCGGAAUCUUUGGUUCUUGGGUGGUGGGGAGUCGUGACGGCAAUGGAGGAGGGAGGCGGCGAGGCUGGCCGGAGGAGGGGAUGGGGAGGCGGGUUCCCGAGCCUGAUGCGGCGGAAGCAGGUGGACUCCAAUCGGGUCCGCGACGAGGGGCAGGGGCUGCCCCAGCUCGCCAAGGAGCUUAACGUCCCUACGUUGGUCGCGAUCGGUGUCGGUUCAACCAUUGGAGCCGGGGUAUAUGUUCUUGUUGGAACAGUUGCUAGGGAGCAUGCUGGUCCAGCACUGACAAUAUCAUUUCUGAUAGCUGGAAUUGCUUCUGCUCUCUCAGCUUUCUGUUACGCCGAGCUUGCGAGUCGGUGUCCAUCUGCUGGAAGCGCCUACCAUUAUACAUACAUCUGCAUUGGUGAAGGCAUUGCUUGGUUGAUUGGUUGGGCUUUAGUGCUAGAAUAUACUAUCGGUGGAUCUGCUGUUGCCCGUGGCAUAUCCCCCAAUAUUGCCUUGUUCUUUGGAGGACCAGACAGUCUUCCAUCGAUUUUAUCACGCCAUCAGCUUCCAUGGUUUGAUGUCAUUGUUGAUCCCUGUGCUGCUGCCCUUGUGUUUAUUGUAACUGUUCUGCUAUGUGUUGGGAUAAAAGAGAGUUCAGCUGUACAAGCGGUUAUAACAGUUCUAAAUGCUUGUGUGAUGCUAUUCAUUAUUGUAGCUGGUAGCUAUAUUGGCUUCCAGAUAGGAUGGGUUGGCUAUAAGGUUACUGACGGAUAUUUUCCGUAUGGAAUAAAUGGAAUGCUUGCUGGAUCAGCAACAGUAUUCUUUGCAUACAUUGGCUUCGAUACAGUUGCUAGUACUGCUGAGGAGGUAAAGAAUCCACAGAGAGAUCUACCAUUGGGAAUAGGAGCAGCAUUGUCUAUCUGUUGUUUUUUGUACAUGAUGGUUUCUGUUGUUAUCGUUGGGUUGGUUCCAUAUUUCGCUAUGGACACAGAUACACCCAUUUCAUCUGCCUUUGCAAAACAUGGAAUGCAGUGGGCAAUGUAUGUUGUGACAAGUGGUGCUGUUCUUGCACUUUGUUCAACUUUGAUGGGAUCACUUCUUCCACAGCCUAGAAUACUAAUGGCCAUGGCGCGAGAUGGGUUGUUGCCAUCUUUCUUCGCUGAUGUUAACAAGCGGACACAAGUACCUGUCAAGAGCACAGUCGUCACUGGUGUCUGUGCAGCAGCUCUGGCUUUUUUCAUGGAUGUUUCCCAGCUGGCAGGAAUGGUCAGUGUAGGCACACUCCUUGCGUUCACCAUAGUUGCUGUCUCAAUCCUAAUACUCAGAUAUGUUCCUCCGGAUGAGGUUCCUCUUCCUUCAUCUCUGCAAGAAUCACUCCGUUUGGGCCAAGAAUAUGAUGAGGAAAGGGUUAACAGUACUUUUGGAGAUGAGAGAAGCAAAACAUAUCAAAUAAAGGAUGUGAUAGUGGCAGAAUCUAUGGAGGAUCCUCUCAUUGAGAAGAAACUUUAUACAAGCAAGAUGGACGAGACGAAGCGUCGGAAGGUGGCCGCUUUCAGCAUAGGAUUUGUUUGUGUAGGAGUUCUGGUUCUCACAUCUGCAGCUUCUUCCACAUGGCUGUCUUUUGUUCCUAUAUGUAUUGGCUGCAUUGUUGGUGCUGUGUUGCUUGUAGCUGGUCUUGGCCUUCUCUGCUUGAUCGACCAAGAUGAUGGCAGGCAUUCUUUUGGCCACUCUGGAGGAUUUACAUGCCCUUUCGUUCCACUGCUACCAGUCAUGUGUAUCCUCGUAAACACGUACCUGUUGAUAAAUCUGGGUGGCGGCACAUGGAUGAGAGUAGGCAUAUGGCUGCUGAUAGGCGUUUUGGUAUACAUUUUCUACGGACGAACUCACAGCUCCUUAAGGAAUGUUGUCUACGUCCCAGUAGCGCAGGCUGAUGAGAUAUACAGGAGUUCAUCUGGAUAUGUGUCCUAGAAAAAACAAAUAAGUAUUUAAUUCAGUCUUCACCAUUCUUCAGUGACAUGUGCCUCAAGUUAGCCAGGACAAAGGGUGUGCUGAGACAUUCACACUUUGUCAACAAGGAAAAAAUAUGGAUGCAAUAUCUGGGAUGUGCGUGAGCCAGAGAUCAAUUUAAUUAUACAUUGCUGGAGGAAUUGAUGUGCAUAUAGGUGUAUAUAAACCCAAUCGAUUGAUCAAUAGUGGAGUUCUUGAUUUUGAUUA